AUGAUUACAAUUACUUUACUUAUACGACGUAAUCUUGCAACUAAGCGAGAUAUACGUAAACAACAGAUCAAUUCUAGCAUUCCUACCACUCAGCAAAGUACUAAUACACAUCUUCAGAGUAUACGUAAUCAAAAUGCAUUAGCAAUGCUAAUUAUGCAAGUCAUCGUCUAUGGUAUUGUUAAAGCACCUCAAUUCAUUUGUACGCUUUAUGCUGCUAUAACGAGUCAUGAUCCAAACAAGUCACCUGAUCGUUUAGCUAUUGAAAAAUUUACAUUUUUUUUUGGUGAAUUAUCUGUGUAUCUAUUUCCUGUUUCAGUAUUUUAUUUAUAUAUAUUAGCGUCGCGUAUUUUUCGAACUAAACUAUGUAAUUUAGUACGCUCAUUAUUCACGAUGUGUUUUGAUCGGUGGAAUAUUCGCGUUGUACCCACCAAAAAUAUGGCAAAUACUGUUACAGAACGUAAUAAGGUGCACAUGGUUUCUCAAACAUUAUCCUAUCGAUCAAAAGGGACGAAUCCCCAAUUCAACGAGCUGUCCAACAUCAAGUCUGGUGUGCAGAUUCAAUAG